AUGCAGAGUGUAAACCUGUCGCGGAGCUGCACGCAAGGAGAGCCUGAGACCCGCUUACUGCGUGUGCUGGAGGCUCAGCAAGAUGAAGAUCUCGAGAUCCUCAGCGAUUCAAUAGCUGUGCCAUCUGCUCCAAAGGAAUGGCCGACAUUGCUCCGUGCCUGGACUGGCCGAGUUACCCUAGGUCUGCUUGCCAUGGCAGCGGUAAUUGCUCUGCAGCACCGAUGGAAAGCCAGCAGGACAAGCCACCAUGCUCGCGAUGCCAUCUCCAUGACUGAUGGCUCCGCCUUCCGUGGCCCCAGGAAUACACUGAGUGUUUUUCAUCAUAGCGAUGCCCGAAGUCAGCAUCCUUCUGCCUAG